GUUCGCGGAGAAGCGUGGUAUGGAUUGAGGGCGGCGCGCCUGUGCCACGCAACUUCGGGGGGUCUCCGUCGGUACCAGGGUGGCGUUCCAGUCAGUUCGCAGGAUUCCCGCACUACUCCAGGAUCCUUACGCGCUUUACAAUGUCCCUUGUGCUCUUCCGCUACUGACCGCGCUCUCUCGGAACCUCUUUCCGGUACAAUGUAAAAACACUUUCCGGAAGUUUACGCACAAACGCUCUGUUCUGGCUUAAAAAAAAAUUUUUUUUCGCACUUUGGAAACUUAACUUUGACGUGGUGGCCAGUGGACGAUGUGAAAGUGACGAGUGAUGGAAUCGGGGCUGUAGCUAUUUUAUUUCUCCACCAAAUGAUGGCCGGACGGAUUUUUAACCUAUGUUUAUUCUGUGCCGCUACUAGUUCAGUGGUGUGCGCCGUGCAGUCCGGGGCCGGCACGUCAGGCAACUCUCUGGCGGAGACGUCAACCCGAGGCCCCCACUUCGACACGGCCGCCUCCAAGAACGUGACAGCGCUCCUGGGCAAAACCGCCUAUCUUAACUGUAGGGUAAAGAAUCUGGCCAACAGAACGAUGUCUCUGCAGGUGUCGUGGGUGCGGCACCGCGACGUCCACCUUCUGACAGUGGGCAGAUAUACCUACACAAGCGACCAGCGUUUCCGGGCGAUACAUCAGCCCCAUUCCGAAGACUGGACUCUUCAGAUUAAGUACCCCCAGCACCGGGACUCCGGUGUCUACGAGUGCCAGGUGUCUUCCACGCCGCACCUUAGCCACUUCAUACAUCUCACUGUCAUAGAACCCGACACGGAGAUCGUGGGCGGUCCUGAGCUGUUCAUUGAUCGGGGCAGCACCAUCAACCUUACCUGCGUGGUCCGGCACAGCCCGGAGCCUCCGGCGUACAUCUUCUGGAACCACAACGAUGCUAUAAUAAGCUAUUCGUCGACCCGGGGUGGCGUCAGCGUGGCCACCGAAAGGGGCGAGACGAGUCGCAGCGUGCUGCUGAUCCAGAAAGCGAGACCCUCCGAUUCCGGCAAUUACCAGUGCAACCCCUCCAACGCCCGAACCGCCAAUGUGACGGUGCACGUCCUCAACGGAGAGCACCCCGAAGCCAUGCAGCACGGCGGCAAUCAGAGGAUGGGGCCCUCCUUGGGCGCGCUGGCUUUCAUCUCCUACGUUCUGUUGGUCUAUUGUUAAGUUUCAAGAGAUUUUGACUCCGUUUAGUCGUUGCUGGUGUAUGUCGACGUAUCUGUUAUAUGCUCUCUAUCACCGUGUAUAUUCCAUCGACGGCCACGGCGCUCCUACGUCACGACGUCUUCAUCCAUGUAGACUAUUAUUGUAUAUACAGUUAUGGCAACUCGUAGUACUAAGUCAAAGUUGUUGGUUUAUUUUCCUAAGUUAACUACACGUUUAUGUAUUAUAUACUUUUGACCGACACUACUAAUUUUAAUAAACAAUUCAAUUUUA